AUUUUUCUGGAAUUAAAAUUUCAUUAAAGAUGGCAGAUGAAAGAUCUUUUGCGCAGCAUUUCAUACAGUGUGAUGAAUGUGAGGAAGAACCAGCCAAACAGUACUGUAAAAAUUGCAAAGGAAAUUUGUGUACAAUAUGCACAAUGCGACAUCAGGAAAAGAAACUUACUCAAAAUCAUGAAUUGAUUUCUUUAAUAAGUGAAAGGAAAAAUAGAAAACCUGAAUUUUCGAGUUGCGAAGCUCAUCCCUCAAGAAAUUUAGAAUUUUAUUGCAAGCCGUGCCACACCCCAUUAUGCCCAGAAUGUUUAAUAACGGAUCACAAUGGACACAAAAUGGAAGAUCUGAUGAUUGUCUAUAAUCAAACAAUGAAUAACCUUUCAAGUAACCAAGAAAAGGUAUUUACAUCUUUACGUACUUCUGAAAGCCAUUUAUCGAAAGCAAAGCUGUUGAAAACUCAGUUGGUGGCAAAUGCUGAUGCUGUAGUGGCCAAGAUAGAGAAAAGAGCUGAUGCAUAUAUAGAAAUAAUCCACAAAACAAGAGAAAAAUUUGUAGACUUUGUUCGUAAGCAUGAACGAGAGCAUACUGGACAUAUUGAUAAAAUAAUCGCAAAAAGGGAGGAAGAAAUUGCCAAACUUAAAAGGAUGAAAUCUGACAUUGAGGUAAAACUGGCAUCUGACACCCAACAAACCACAUUUCUUGAAGAUACGUUUAUCGAUAAGAAGGAUGAUUGUCAACUUCUAAGAAGUUCUGAUUUUACGUUGAUAGAAUUUGAAAUACCACAUAUAAGUGAAAACGAAACCGAGGAAGCAUUUGGUAAACUUUCACAUAUCCCGUGUAAAGAUGAACCUUUUAAUUUGGGUUCUACAACAUGUAGCAAAAGGGAAACUGAGGAGCCACAAUUAACAAUGUCUAUAACAUCAAGAUUCCGUGAACAAUACGACGUGCAUUGCCGAGGAGAAAUGAUUUUUAUUACAGGCGAAAAAAGAAACAUUCAACAAUUCGAUAACCUUGGGCGUCAUAUCUCUGCCAUAGAGACUGAAAGUCCACCAGACGGUAUGACAAUAUUACCCAAUAUGAGUAUAUUUUACAGCGAUUUCUUUGGGAAAAAAAUUGUGCAUAUCCAUCCUGAAAAAAAUACAAGGGAAAUGAUUUUAACAGACAUGUAUCCUUAUGGAUUACAUAACACUCGAGCUAACGAGAUUUUGGCCUGUUUAGUUUUCCAAGCUGAUUCAGAAGCAAGAAAGCAAAAGGGAAAAAUCAUAAAAUAUUCUAAAUCUGGGGAACAAUUACAGGAGUAUAUGUAUGACGGACAGACUCUUUUAUUUAAUCGACCCAUUGAUGUUACAGAAAAUAUUACGGAUGAUAUAAUAGUAUCGGAUGUUCAUUCUUGCCAAGUUAUAGCUAUUUCACCAGAAGGACACUUGCAAUUUCAAUAUGAUGGAGGCGUAUAUGUGGGGAAGUCAAACAGUUUUUCGCCAGCCGGUCUUGAUACCGACAUCCUAGGAAAUAUCAUGAUAGCAGACGAAUACGGUAACCGCAUUCACGUUCUUGAUUCUGAAGGAAAUUUCAAAAGGAUUCUUCUAAACAGAUGGGACGGAAUAGAAUUACCAGUUGGCAUAUGCUUUGAUGGAAAAGAUUCAGUAUGGAUUGCAGAGAGCAAGUCGAAGAAAUCGAAGAAAUUUAAAUAUUUGGAAUAAUUUACCAGUACUAGCAAUUGGAUUUAACUUAAACUGUGUAUGAUAUUUCAUGAUAACGUUAUCGUAGGAACUGAUAUUUAAUUUUCCACCAAUGUUUAUAGGUAACAUCAAGCCUGUAAAAGAAAUCAUGGAAUGAGAUA